AUGAGCUUGUCACACAGAGUCGAGGUUGCAGCUCGUCUACAUCAGCUCAUCGACCCUCGUCCAGCGCAAGCACUGGUGGCUGUUGCUGUCGUACAAGCAAUCAUGAGGGCUCUGCCUUUGCUCGGCGUCAGUUGGGCGUGGCUCGCGCUUACCCUCGCAUUGACAAUACCAACGAGCCCAGUCAACGCAGAUUCGCCGCCGGUCAAAGUGCAGCUGCGAGCAUCAUGGUCCAAGAUCAGCCUACCGAGCGGCGGAUCGCCGUUCCUUCUCGAGGUGCUCGAGGCGGCACGAGCUCAGCAAUCGUCGAGCUUCUUCCCACUCAUCGAGCUGCUCACGAGCAGGUACCACCCUAACGAGCUACUGCACGCGUCAGACGAAGGCGUUGCUGCUACGGUGGAGAAGUUGAUCAGAGCUCACCAGCUGUUCGGCAGCUCUCCCGAUCAAGCGGAAGAAGCGCUGGAUACGUGGCGGAUGUCGCUGGCGCUCAGCAACAGCAGUCCCAGGAUCCAGGCGCUCGUUCAGCUCUAUGAGACUUUGGGCCUGGACAAGGUCUGGCGAAAAGGGUCAGGAGAGGAGUCAUGCGUAACUUGGGUGCAUCACAACGACCAAGUGCUGUGUUCGGCAGAGGACGUGCAGAAGGCGACUCAGGAGGGCAGGUCUGGAACGUCGAUGCAAGGUCAGGGCGAGGAGGUAGUGCUGGGUCAUUCUCGCAAGAAGAAUGGAAGCAAGGCGGCGGCGGCGUCGUCGUUCGUGCUGUAUGCGGAUCCAUACUCAGGUAACUUCCGCGAGCUCUUUACAGCUCUCGAGCAACAUUCCAGUCAUCCUGACGUUGACUUCACCUACACCAUCCGCUGGAGACCUUCGAUGAGGACGAAGGAGAAUUCAACCAAGCACGUCGAUUCACACGCCGAGGCAGUGCAGCCGCUGUCCGGCUACGGAGCCAUUCUGGAUCUCAAGAAAGUCGACUAUCUCGUGAUUGACGAUCGAAAGCUCAAGGACGACAGCAACAUCGGCGACGUAGGGAUCUCUUCCACAUCCCAAACAGAUCAGAGCACCGCGGCUCAACGAGCUUCCGACGACACACAAUGGCUGCAGGAUCAGAUCGGUGCAGACUCAGAAGCAGCAAUCGUUAAGCUGUCGUCUCUAACGGAUGAUCAGAUCGCUGAUCUGGGUAUCAAAGCAGCGCGUCUCAUCAUGGACUCGUCCGACCCGCUGCGUGCACUUCAAGAGCUGUCCCAGAACUUCCCUUCGCAUGCACCAGCUCUGGCAGAGUCAACAAGGUGGGAUCAUGCCGAAGCGUCGGCAGGGCUGGUCGACUCGGUUCUCAACUUGGCGAGCAUGCGCAUCGAGCCUGGUCACUCUGAUCUCUGGCUCAAUGGCCAGAGCACCAACGCGCGCGACUUUAUGCCGCUGACGCUGCUAGAGACUCUUCGGAAGGAACGUGGCUGGAACCACGCGCUUCAGCACCACCUUGCGGGGGGAGGAUUGAAUGUGACCCAAGCCGGCGAUCUUAUCUCCUCCAGUCUCGUUGGUCGCGCCUAUCUCGCUCAGGCAGACGGCGAUGCAGCCGCGGCCAUCUUUGAUGCAAGCGAUCGAAUCGAGACCAAGAACGCACCGCAAGGCACAAGUGUCGGCGCCAUCACGUGGCUGAACGAUCUCGAGAACGACGAAGCGACAAGCGAAUGGUCCAACGAUCUGAUGGAUCUGUUGCGUCCCAUGUGGCCAGGCAAAUUCCCCCGACUUUCGCUCAACUUGUUCAACGUGGUGCUCGUCAUGGAUCUGAGUCAGAAGGAGACCUGUCGCUUCUUGUCAGAGACGGUGAUGCAGAGCUUGGGGCGUGUCGGCUUGCAUUGGGGCUUGGUUCCUGGCGGAGUGGAGGACGAGACGAACGCAAACUCGAUUCGUAUGGCCCGUCUGUUCUGGUUCUUGCUAGAUCAGGCGGGUGCUCAGGUGACCUCGGACGUACUACGCAAGGCUGCAGCGAGUAAAGCUGGGUCUGCAGGUGCCAUUGACGUCGCGCUUGCCGUCAAGGAGGCCAAAUUCGCCCUCAAGAGUAUCGACGCUGAAGAUCCUCUCACCGAUCAGCUCGACAAAGCCUUGGCCGGUGACGUCGACGAGUACGCUCAAAGGGAGACCCUUGGCCGAGCCUACGUCCAGCGUCUCCGGGCCCAUCGACACGAAAGCCCCGCUGGUCACGUCUUUGUCAACGGCCAACACCAGCCUUUCCAUCCACAGAUCGUUCACAUCCUUCAUCAAGCCAUUCAGAAACAGAUUCAGGUUCUUGCUCCUCAGGUCUACUACGGACAGAUCAACAGCAGCACUCCCGGACUCGACACGUUCUUCUACGACUCUGUCGGCGCACUGUCGUUCCGAUCGGCGCUCGUGGCGGGUGCAACAUCCAGUAGCGAUGGCGGGCAAGAGGGCGGUGUGACGCAUAGUGCAGUCGAUUUGCUCUCAGCAUUGGUCAACGAUGCUGAGCUGGCACCGAUGGUGGAUAAGGUGUUUGACUUUUUCUACCCUUCUGCCGCGCAAGAUUCGUUGAAUUCGACUGUAUGGGUGCUGGCGGAUCUGGACAGUCCAGAUGGUCUUGCGUUGUUGACAAGAUCGCUCAAAGCGCUCGCAAGGGACGACGCCAAGUUCAGACUGGGUGUUUUGCAUCGUCCAGCCACGACGAACGAUCGCGCGACCGCAGUGUCGACGCUCUUGUUCCGCCUUCUUGUCGAGGGGCGCUAUGAACAGCUCUCUGCCCAAACGAUUCUGACGGUGCUGCAGCAAGCGAAGGACGAUCCUGCUGUCACCUCGCAGCAGCUGAUGGCUGCACUCGGCAUGCCUGCUGUCGAUUCGAUGGUCGAACUGGACGCCUCGCACUUCUGGAGGAGCCUCGGCUCCACCACCGCAUCGAAGCUCGACAUCCCCGACGGUCCGGCCAUCCUAGUCGAUGGACAUCUCGUCUCCAACCUGGACAUGUCCUCCAUCGAAGCACGAGACAUCACCGCACUGGUCGAGUACGAAGCAGGUCAAAAGCUGCCUUACAUCACGCAGGCGCUCAAACUCAUCCGACACGACGUCGACGACAUGCCUCCCAAACAGCGCCAGAAUCUCAUCUUUGCAGCCCUCUCCGUGAUGAACGGUGUCUACGAUCAAGCUGGUCAAGGAGCGUUUGCGGCCAAAGCGAGUUCUCGAUCGGGCCUUCCCGAACAGCUCGGUACGGCGGACCACGUUUUCGAGAUUGGCGAUCGAGAGACUGCCGAUGUUCGCAUCACGGUUCUGCUCAAUCCGGUGUCGGAAGCUGCACAGCGAUGGUCGAGCAUACUGUUGAUGUUGAGGGAGUUGAAGGGCACGCACUUGCGGGUGAUCCUGAAUCCGGAGGUCAGGCUGAGGGAGUUGCCGCUGAAGAGGUUCUAUCGAUUCAGCGCGCCGCACAGGCUAGAGUUUGACGGCGAAGGACAAGUCGUUCCUCCUGAACUGCGGUUCUUCGACAUGCCGGAGGAAGCGGUGCUUACGCUUGGACUGGACGCUCCUGCACCUUGGUUGACGAUGCCGGUGGAAGCCGUGUACGAUCUAGACAAUAUCCGGUUGGCCGACGUGCCGUCCACAUCACGCGCCAAGGGUGUCAAGGCGGUGUACGAGCUCAAACAUCUCCUGAUCGAGGGUCAUGCGAGGGAAGAGGUCGCCGGAUCUGCCGUGUCUGUUCCUCGUGGACUGCAGCUACUGUUGGAGACGCCGGAUGCGAGCAAGAGCCUGGACACGAUCGUCAUGGCGAACUUGGCGUACUUCCAGUUCAAGGCGCAGCCAGGCUUGUGGAGGUUGAGGAUUCGAUCUGGUCGCAGCGACGAGCUGUACGAGAUGCAGAGCGUGGGAAGCCAAGGCUGGAGCAGUCCACCUGUCGAGCGAACGGGUGAUUAUGUGACGCUGGAUACGCUUUCGGGGCUGACGAUCUAUCCUCGUGUUGCUAAGCGUCCUGGAAAGGAGAGGGAAGAGCUUCUCGAGGAACUGGACGCUUCUGGUCGACCGAUGAAGAAGCAGCGUGCUGAGUCGAUGGACGGCGGGUUGGCUGCGUCAGCGUCUGUCGCAGGGCAACUGUUCCUCUCUGCCAAGGACAAAGUCGCUUCUCUAGCACGACAAGUGACUGGCUCCACAUCACAGGGCAACACAGCUGUGGCUCCCAUUCGCAAACACGCCGACAUCAACAUCUUCACCGUCGCCAGCGGUCACCUCUACGAACGCAUGACGUACAUCAUGAUCCUCUCCGUGCUCAAACACACCUCGAGCAGCGUCAAGUUCUGGUUCAUCGAAAACUUCCUCUCAUCCUCGUUCAAAGAGUUCAUCCCUCACCUAGCAGCUGAGUAUGGAUUCGAGUACGAGUUGGUAACGUACGCAUGGCCACACUGGUUGCGAUCGCAAAAGGAGAAGCAGAGGACGAUUUGGGGCUACAAGAUCUUGUUCCUCGAUACGCUUUUCCCGUUGGAUCUGGGUAAGGUGAUCUUUGUGGAUGCGGAUCAGGUUGUCCGAACCGAUAUGAAGGAGCUUGUCGACUUGGAUCUGGAAGGCAAAGUGUACGGGUAUCCUCCCAUGGGUGAUGAUAGCGAAGACAUGGACGGUUUCCGGUUCUGGAAACAAGGUUACUGGAAGGACUACCUGCGUGGUCGACCCUAUCACAUCUCUGCGCUCUACGUCGUCGAUCUGCAACGCUUCCGACUCUUCGCCGCAGGCGACAGGUUGCGAGGUCAAUACCAAGCCCUUUCCGCCGAUCCCAACUCGCUCAGCAACCUGGACCAAGACCUUCCCAACAACAUGCAGGCAAGUCUACCCAUCCACACGCUCGACAAGGAAUGGCUGUGGUGCGAAACCUGGUGCAGUAGGGAUUGGUUAAAGGACGCAAAAACCAUCGAUCUGUGUUCCAACCCAAAGACAAAGGAACCCAAGCUGGAUAGAGCCAAGAGGCAGAUUCCCGAGUGGACGGUGUACGAUGAAGAAGUGGCAAGGCUGGCGCAGAGGUUGGUGGAGGAGAAGAGGGUCGGCAGCAGCGUUGUUGCGCCGGACAGCCAGGUUGCGACCCGUGCUGGGCAGCAGGAAGAGGUGGUGGAACCAAAAGACGCUCAGACCAAAGACGAAGCUGAUCCGCCGCUUCACGACGAGCUUUGA